AGACUAGCACUUCCCGUAAAAAAAGAAACGCGGCAAAACGCUAUUCGGGUUUCCAGCAGGGCGGCAGGCAGCAUGGCAUCCGACAGCAACAUGGCUAAUGUGAAUGGACGAGAGAACGGGGAGCCGGUGGUUAAGCGGCCACGGGAGAACGUCCCGCCGGAGUCUCCCCUGUGUUCUUCGAAGGAGCCUGUGAACAAAGUGACCGUGGUGCUUGGAGCUCAGUGGGGGGACGAAGGCAAAGGGAAAGUUGUGGACCUGCUCGCCAUGGACGCGGAUAUCGUGUGCAGGUGUCAGGGUGGCAACAAUGCUGGUCACACUGUGGUUGUGGACUCAGUAGAGUAUGACUUUCACCUGCUGCCCAGCGGUGUCCUCAACAAGAAGGCAAUCUCUUUUAUAGGCAACGGGGUGGUCGUACACCUCCCAGGGCUGUUUACAGAGGCAGAAUCCAACCUGACGAAAGGCAAAGGAUUGCAAGGAUGGGAAGAGAGACUAAAGAUUUCCGACCGUGCUCACAUCGUGUUCAACUUCCAUCAAGCUGUCGAUGGCAUCCAGGAGCAGCAGCGGCAGCAGCAAGAAGGGAAAAAUUUGGGAACCACCAAAAAGGGCAUCGGACCCGCCUACUCCUCCAAAGCUGCUCGGAAUGGUCUGCGAGUCUGCGAUCUCGUCUCAGACUUCAAAGUUUUUGAGGACAAGUUUCGCAUGUUGGCAGAUCAUUUCCUGGCCAUGUAUCCCAACCUCAAUGUGGACAUCGAUGGCGAACUGGAGCAGUUGAAGGGAUAUGCAGAGCGACUACGCCCUCUGGUGACAGACGGUGUGUACUUCAUGCACAAAGCUCUCACUGGACCCAGCAAGAAAAUCCUUGUGGAGGGAGCCAACGCUGCGCUGCUGGAUAUUGACUUCGGCACGUAUCCCUUUGUGACUUCGUCAAACUGCACCGUGGGAGGUGUGUGCACCGGCCUCGGUGUGCCUCCGUCUCACGUCGGCCGAGUGUACGGCGUCGUCAAAGCGUACACUACCCGGGUCGGCGUCGGCGCUUUCCCCACGGAACAGGACAACGAGACGGGGGCCCUGUUACAGUCGCGGGGUCGAGAGGUCGGCGUGACAACGGGCCGAAAGCGGCGUUGCGGUUGGCUGGACUUGAUACUGGUCAGAUACGCUCACAUGGUCAACGGCUUCUCGGCCAUUGCACUCACCAAACUGGACAUUCUGGACACACUGCCGGAGAUUAAAGUGGGCGUGGCCUAUAAGGUUGACGGGGAGCCUCUGCCAAGUUUCCCUGCAAACAUGGACAUUCUGACGCGCGUCAAGGUGGAGUACAAGACUUUGCCCGGGUGGUGCCGCAGCACCGAGUCAGCCCGCAGCUUCACAGAGCUGCCCCCGCAGGCGCAGAGCUACAUCCGCUUCAUCGAGGACUUCCUGCAGGUUCCAGUGAAGUGGGUGGGAGUGGGCAAGUCCAGAGAGAGCAUGAUCAAACUGUACUGAGCAGCGAGCAGAGCCGCCGUCUUCCAGGCUGCACGGCCGAGACCACGAUGUCACCUCCCCGUUAUGUCACACGUCAAGUCCAUCUCAAAGGAAAUGUUUCACCAGCAAGGAUCUUUUGUGAAACGUCGUCGCUGGUUGUACCUCGCAGUCGCCAAUCAGUCUAAUUUAUGCAUUCCAGCUUUUCCACAUUUCCUGUAUUUUUAGGGUGUGAGGUUUUUAAAUGGGCUCAUUCCGGUGAAGCACACUUUUAUCUUUUUUUUUUUUUAAGAAUUUGAAGCUUUACAGAAAUCUGCGUGCCACUGAACAUUUUUGCAAAGUCGUUAAAAGAAGCAGCCUUCUUGAUUAGAAGGUCGUAACAGAGAAAUAUUUGACUAGCUUUGCUAUGCAGAGGGAGCCAUUAAUGAUGAAACUUUUCAUGUACAAUUUUAAAUCCACCAAUACAUCUGAAUCUGUGUAUCAGUC